AUGAAGAAAACCAACAUGUGGUUCUUGGAACGGCUCCGGGUGUCGGGGGAAAACAGCGCGUCGGGGGGCGAGGGGGGAGACAAGGCCUCCAAGGGGCCCCUGUACAGCAACGUGCUCACGCCUGACAAGAUCCCCGACUUCUUCAUCCCCCCCAAGCUGCCCGUGGGACCCCCAGAGACGGAGGGGCAGGCUGAGGGGGGGCCGACCGCGGCAGAGCAGGAGGCGAGCCCGGGCCCUGCCACCCCCCGCCGGGCGCCCUGGAGCCCGCGGCUGCCCGCCAAGCUGGCGGCGGAGAGUAAGAGCCUGCUGAAGGCCGCCACCCGGCACGUGAUCCAGAUCGAGAGCGCCGAGGACUGGCCGGAGGAGGAGGCCGCGGCCAGCGACGCCCUGGCGGCGGGCGCCGCGGCCCUGCCCUCGGUGCCCAAGGCGCAGACGUCCUACGGCUUCGCCACGCUGGCCGAGAGCCCGCACACGCGGCGCAAGGAGUCCCUGUUCCACAGCGAGCACGGGGCCCUGUCCCAGGUGGGCUCUCCGGGGGCCGGGCGCCGCCAGGCAGGCGCCAAGGCCAAUGGGGCUGACGGCGCCCCCCGGGAGGCCGGCGGGGCCCUCAUGAGCCCCGGCCGCUACUUCAGCGGCGGGGAGAGCGACACGGGGUCCUCCGCCGAGUCCUCCCCGUUCGGCUCCCCGCUCCUCUCGCGCUCCAUGUCGCUGCUCAAGGGCUUCGCCCAGGACAGCCAGGCCAAGGUGAGCCAGCUCAAGCAUUCCGUGGGCCGCCACGGCUCGCUGUCGGCGGACGACAGCACGCCCGACACCAGCCCGGGCACCCGGCUGCUGGCCGCCGAGGGCCUGUACGACCGCCUCUGCGACGCGCGCACCAUCAACUGCUGCGUGGGGCUGUGCCUGGUGCCCGGGAAGCUGCAGAAGCAGCGCAGCACCAUCAUCAAGAACAGCCGCCACCCCGUCUUCAACGAGGACUUCUUCUUCGACGGCCUGGGGUCCGCCAGCGUGCGGAAGCUGGCCCUCAGGAUCAAGGUGGUCAACAAGGGCAGCAGCCUCAAGCGGGACACGCUGCUGGCCGAGAAGGAGCUGCCCCUCACCUCCCUGCUCCCCUUCUUGUGA